AUGAUAAUCGAGAGACGAAUAGAUCUAUUACAGAAAGAAAACCAGGAAUUGAAAAAGACCCUAGAAAAUAUCGGUCUGGAGAACAAGCAGUUGAAAGACUACAUCGAUUUGGUGAAGAAACGAUGCGUCUCAUGUGAUUCUCUAGACACCAGUGAAGAUGACAUUACGGAAGAAAAAGUAGAAAUGUCUUUUAUACAAGAUAUGGGAAAGUUUGAGACAGACAGUGACAGCGAAAUGAUAAACAGGAGAGAUAAGGAACCAGUGGCAAGAAUAAUCUCUCCUACCGCAUCAACACCAGUUUCUGCAGUUGCCUUCUACAGUUACAUGUCUAGCAAUAGUGUCGAGUCUCUUCCCACUCAUCAUACUCUAAUUUACAACGUCGUACACAACAACCGCGGGAAUGGCUACAGCAAAGUGGAUGGAAUCUUCACCGCUCCUGUAUCAGGGACAUAUGCCUUUCAUUUCUCGUUAUGCAUUGAAGAUAAUAAUGCUUGGGUCAGUCUUGAGGUUGUUGCAAAUGGAAAAGCAAUCGGUGCUGUAUAUGCAUAUGGUUCACCAAGUGGAUGGCAUGAAGGAAGCAAUCUAGUGAUAACCGAUGUGAAUGCCGGUGACCACGUGUUCGUCCGAACACAUGAAGCAGUUCACGGUGGAAUCUAUAGUAGCACCAGAGGACGAACGUCUUUUUCCGGGUGGCUUCUCUACCAAUGAAUGUGUAAUCAUACCAGUACUAAAAUUUAAUGAAAACAUUGAUA